GAGGGUUUUGCGGAGCGAUCAAAUGUUCACAGUCGGGUGAGGGCUGAUAUCAAAAAACGGUGGCUUUGUUUUGAAGCGAAGCGAUAUCUCCUUUGAACUUUCGCGAAGCCGCGGUUCGUAAUGCUUCUUUGAAAGAUAAUGGACCAGGAAGAUGACAUCAGAACAGCGAUACACACGUUUUAUCAGCAACAGCAGCUACAACAAGCAAACACCCCAAUCGGACACCAUCGCCCGAUGAUGCACGGUUCCAUGGGCUACAGCGGGGCCAACGGGCCAGGGCUUCCCGCCGUAGGCAUGUCACGCUCCCAAUCGCACACAGUUAACCUGUUGAGCGAGGACUUCAUUGGCGGGUACAUGGACCAGGGACGUAUGUCCGUCGUGCGGAGGUUUUUCUGUCUCUUCGUAACGUUUGACGUCGUAUUCAUCACGUUGCUAUGGAUCAUCUCCGUCGUGAUCACCGGCGAGAACGUGAUUCACGCGUUGAAAUCUCAGGUUCUUCACUACAGCAUUUACACCUCGCUGUUCGAUGUCGUUAUAAUAGCCCUCAUUAGGUUUAUUUUCCUCAUCCUCUUUUACGGCAUCUUAAGCAUGAGCCAUUGGCUAGUGAUAGCGUUAUCCACAACCAGUUCUUGUGGGUUUCUUAUUUACAAAGUAUUUAUGUACAAUUGGACAGCUACACCACAGCCAGUGUUCGAGGUGCUUUUGAUAGUUGUAUCAUUUGUGCUGGCUUGGGGUGAAGCAUGGUUCUUAGACUGUCGCGUCAUACCCCAGGAACGAUACGCAAGAAGGUAUCCUUUCGAGGCAACGAAUGCCCCAUCGGUCCUCGAUGCUCGAACACCACUGCUGGACCAAUUUUUGCGGGCUUCCAUAGCGGGGCGAACGGAAAGUAUUGGCAACUUCUACUCCCCGUUCGAAUCCAUCCACAACAGCGAUGACGACGACGACGAUGAAGAAAACGCACAGGAUGAACAACUCAAAAUGCUGGGCACGAAAACCGUGCGUUUCGCUUAUGACCUGCUCGAAGCGGACGAUUGGAAGAUCGAGAAAGUGACCAGCAAAGGAGACACGAUCCAGAGCCGCCAGGCUGAGGCGAUGGGUAAAAUUUACAAAUUAACCGCCAAAGUCCACUACCCAGCCCGUAAGCUACUACAGGAGCUGUUCUACAAAAUCGAAGACGUGCCGAAGUGGAACCCAACCUUACUGGAAUCGAGGAUCAUUCGGAAAAUCGACAGUCACACGGACAUCUCUUACCAAGCGACGAUUGGUGGUGGUGGUGGAGUCGUAAAGAGCAGGGAUUUCGUUAACCUCCGCUGCUGGCACUUGUGUCGUAGUGGCCGUGUGUAUGAAGGAGUGAAUAUAUUGUCGAAUCCAGUCGGUGUUCUUUCCCCAAUGGCGGAGGAAGGUGAACGGACGGUGGGUGGUUCGCUGUCUCAGAGCGAUACGGCCGAAGAGGAUGAAGACGACGGACCCGAGAGGGAAUCGAAUUGUACGACAGUGAUUGCACCAAAAAUGAGUCAAUCGCACAGCGAAGCGGGACUGAUCGACCGAGAACAGACCGAAGCCAGCAAGACUGCUUUUAAAACACUCAGCAAAAGUUUAGGGGCGCAGGAUUUUGCCGCCAGUGGUGCAACCUCCGACCCGGAAGAUGUGUUUUCCGAUGCAUUGACGGGUGAACUAAGUGCCGCCAGGGAAGCUCGUGGCCAGAAGAAUGCGGUCAAUGGGGUAGAGCAGCCCUCGAAGAAGCGGCCAGGUGUGGAAAGUGAACGCGAGAUGGCAAAGGGUGGCAAUGUGUACGUGAGCGCCGCUACUAGUAUUGACUAUAAGGAGGCUCCUUGUACCACGAAGUACAUACGGGGAGAAAAUAAUGUUUCCUGCUGGGCGAUGCGUGAGCUCGAUAAUCAAAAGGACCACUGCAUUUUCGAGAUGCUUCUCUGCUUGGAUUUGAAGGGGUACAUCCCACGAUACGUCCUCGACACCGCUUAUACUACGCUAAUGCAAGACUACAUGACCUAUCUGCGCAAGUACGUGGUCGAGCUGCGCAAACAAGAAAAAGUGCCUGGGGGCCAAGAGACGGCCGAACGGACGAGCAACGCGUAAAACGAAUCACAAUCGCACUCGUAUCUUUAAUUUCAACAUCGUUGUCAUUGUUAACGCCGUCAUUGGGAGAUUAUUUAUUCUCUUGCGAAUUUGCGUUUUCAUACACCGUGUUACACAGAUCCAUCCUACUCAACGCCGUCAUAGAAAAAGG